AUGGAGGAAAAGGCUCUUCAAAAUCGUCUAUGGGGUGUUAGGGAGAAGAGUUCGUGUGGAAAAAUGAGGAAAAUCCCGAAGCUACCGUUUCUAAAGAAGACUGGGAACAUCGCGUUCGCGGAAGACUUAUCGCGAACGCGUAGAAGGGGAAAGGCUGGGUCCAGGACUUGUACUAUGCGAACGCGAGAUGGGGUACGCGAACGCGAUGAAGAAGAGGCUGUUACUACACGAACGCGAGGACUUGUCCGCGAACGCGAUGAAGGAAUUACUGGGGGUCCUGAGUUGGCUUACGCGAUCACGUAUGGGGGUGAUCGUAUACAUGCUUCUAUUGGCAAGUCAGUUUUGCAUCUUUUCAAACCACAAAUUAAUGAGCUUGGAUUAUAUUAUAUGGCGAACUUUAUCGUUUUCCAAAACAAGGAGAGGUUCAACAGCACAAAACAUAGAUUGAUGCUGACGUUUACUCAACGGACAACAGUGGCUGAAACAACUGAUCCACUUUUCCCAAUGAAUAUCUUUGAGCUGCGACCAUAUCAUGAAAUGAUAAAUAAAGUUGAUGUUAACGAGAGUGAAUUAUUUGUGAGGAGGAACAAGUUAUCUGCUACAUUCUGGGGCGAAUUUGUUGAUCAAGUUAUACCUCACCUUUUAAGUUCAAACAAUCAGCCUGUUAUUGUUGUUAAGCAGCUCAUAAAAGCACAUAAAUUUCAAGAAUACUGGGAUAUAGGCAAUCCUACAUAUGAAUGUGAAUAUUGUGGUGCUUACUUCUGUCGUGGUGAAAGAAUAAGCCAACUACAUGCUGAAAUUGUUCAAGAUCUGAAACAAAUGCUUGAUGAGCAUAAUGUUUUGACAAAGUCUUUUAGAAUGGUUGCUGCUUUGGUAGUUGGAGAUUUUGAUGUAUCUAGAUGUGACAGAGACAUUAUCGUUGAAACCCAAUCUGGACAUCUACAAAGGAUAAAUGAGUUGAAUGCUACCUAUUUAGGUCUUCAGUAUCCUUUAUUGUUUCCAUUUGAUGAAGAUGGUUAUAGGGAAGACAUUCCUUUAAAUGGAACAGAUGAAUCAACUGGAGGAAGGAAUUUUGUUAGCAUGCGUAAAUAUUUUGCAUACAAAAUUCAAGAAAGGAAUGGCGAAAUAGCAACAAUUGUGAACUCAAGAAGAUUAUUUCAACAAUUCUUGGUCGAUGGAUUUACAAUGGUUGAAUCGUCUAGGUUGAAGUAUAUCAGAUCUCAUCAAAAACAAUUGCGAGCUCAUAUGUAUAAAGGAUUAGAAGAUGCUAUUUUACAUGGAGAGAUAAAUCCUUCUUCUCAAGGUAAAAGGGUAAUUCUUUCUUCUAGCUUCACAGGGGGUGCAAGAUACAUGAUUCAAAAUUAUCAAGAUGCUAUGGCAAUCUGCAAGUGGGCUGGAUAUCCAAAUCUUUUCAUCACAUUUACUUGCAACCCAAAGUGGCCUGAAAUUAUUAGAUUUGUAAAGAGCAAGGGCUUGCAAGCAGAAGAUCGCCCAGACAUUUUAUGUAGGGUCUUCAAAAUCAAAUUGGAUCGUUUAAUAAAGGAUUUGAAAGAGAAACAAAUUUUUGGACCAGUUAAAUCAGUGAUAUAUACUGUAGAAUUUCAAAAGCGUGGGUUGCCACAUGCACACAUAUUGCUGUUUCUUCAUAAUAAAUAUCCAAAUGUUGGAGACAUAGAUCAAAGAAUUUCAGCAGAAAUACCUGACGAAUCAGUCGAUCCAUGUUAUUAUAAGGCCGUUAAGAAUUUCAUGAUGCAUGGACCAUGUGGUUCUGCUAGAAAAUCGUCUCCUUGCAUGCGUAAUGGUAGAUGUACAAAACACUUUCCAAAGAAGUUUGUACAAAAGACCACAAAUGAUGAAGAUGGAUAUCCUGUUUAUAAAAGAAGGGACAAUGGUAGAACUAUCAACAAAGAAGGUAUUGACUUGGAUAACAGGUACGUGGUGCCACACAAUAGAUAUUUAUUGUUGAAGUACGGCGCACAUAUAAAUGUUGAAUGGUGCAAUCAAUCUCGAUCAAUCAAGUACUUAUUUAAGUACGUUAAUAAGGGGCAUGAUCGUGUAACUGCAGCAUUUUCUCAAAGUGUGCAUGAGGAAGAAUCAUCGGCUAUUGAUGAAAUAAAAAUGUAUUAUGACUGUCGAUACAUAUCACCGUGUGAAGCUGCUUGGAGAAUUUUUAAAUUUCCAAUUAACCAUAGAGAACCUUCAGUAGAAAGACUUUCUUUUCAUCUACCAAAUGAACAAACAGUUAUUUUCUCUGAUGAUGAUCCAAUUGAUGGUGUUGCCAAUAGACCAAGUGUAAAGGAAUCAAAGUUUUUAAGCUGGUUUGAGGCAAACAAUACAUAUGAAGAAGCAAGAGAAUUAACCUAUGCGGAAUUUCCUCUUAAAUUUGUAUGGAAUAAAAAACUUAAAAAAUGGGAAAAAAGAAGAAAUUCUGCUUUUUCAAUAGGGAGAAUAUUCUUUGUACCGCCUGGAAGUGGAGAGCAAUAUUACCUUCGAAUGUUGUUGAAUGUCAUUAGAGGACCUAAGAGUUAUGAGGAUUUACGCAAAAUCAACAAUCACGAACAUUUAACUUUUAGAGAUGCAUGUUAUGCACUGGGUUUAUUAGAUGAUGACAAAGAGUAUGUUGAUGCCAUAAAGGAGGCAAGUCAUUGGGGAAUGGCAUCAUAUCUUAGGCAAUUAUUUGCUAUGUUACUAUUAUCCAAUUCAAUGUCACGGCCAGAAUAUGUUUGGGAGGCAACAUGGAUUUUAUUAUCAGAUGAUAUCUUACAUGAACAAAGAAGAAUAUUGGAUAAUCCAGAGGCUGAGCUAACAAACGAUGAAGUAAAGAAUCGUUGCCUACAAAAGGUGGAAAAUUUGUUGAAAGGUUGCGGCAAAACGUUAUACGAUUUUCCAACAAUGCCAACGCCGGUUUUCAAUGAAGAGGAAGUUGACAACACUAAUACACUAAUCUAUGAAGAAUUGCGUUACAGUAGGUGCUCUUUGUCUAAGGAACAUGAAGAAUUAUUAGUUAAAUUGGCAAUGGAGCAAAAGUUAGUUUAUGACAGAAUUAUCAAAGCAGUGCAUGAGGACAAAGGUGGAUUCUUCUUCUUAUAUGGUCAUGGAGGAACCGGGAAGAAGUUUAUUUGGAAAACUUUGUCUUCUGCCAUAAGAUGUAGAGGAGAAAUUGUGUUAACAGUUGCGUCCAGUGGAAUAGCAUCUCUUUUGUUACCAGGAGGUCGAACAGCUCAUUCGAGAUUUGCAAUCCCACUCAAUGCAACUGAAGAUUCAACCUGUAAUAUCAAACAAGGUACUCCUUUAUCAAAAUUGAUUAUCAAGACAAAGUUAAUUAUAUGGGAUGAAGCACCAAUGAUGCAUAGAUAUUGUUUUGAAGCUCUAGACAGAACUCUAAGAGAUAUUCUUAGAUUUAAAGAUGCAUCCAAUUUAGAUCGACCAUUUGGAGGGAAAACGGUUGUUCUUGGUGGACACUUUAGACAAAUACUUCCAGUCAUUCCAAAAGGUACUAGACAAGAUAUUGUUAACGCUGCCUUUAAUUCUUCGUAUUUGUGGCAUCACUGUCAAGUCUUAAAGCUAACACAAAAUAUGAGGUUGGAAGGAAAUCAGGUGGAUUCACAUUUGAAUGAUCUAAGACAAUUUUCUGAUUGGAUUUUAGCAAUAGGUGAUGGUAUGAUUGGAAAUUCUGUUGAUGGUACUGAUAAAGUUCACAUCCCUGAUGAUCUUAUCAUAAAUAAUUCUGGCGAUCCAAUUUCAGCUAUUGUGGAAAGUACAUAUCCAGAUUUUUUAACUCAUUGCAGUGAUAUAACAUACCUGCAACAAAGAGGAAUUCUUGCUCCCACACUUGACAUGGUUGAAUCAAUCAAUGAAUACAUGGUUUGGAACACGUACAUACACCUGAAUUCCUAA